AUGAUUGGCCAAGUGGAAUCUGGGAUGGGGAGUCUCGCUAGUCUUUUAUCGGCGGCUGCUAAAGCAUCUACUGCAGUUAUUGUUAUUCGUACUCCGCUUAUCGUCGGUCUAUAUAUCUUGGCUGUUGGCAUCUACAAUGCUUAUCUCCACAAACUUGCGUCCUUUCCCGGACCGUUUUUGGCAAGGUCCAGCUUACUAUGGCGCAUCUAUCAUUCGCAGACUGGUCGCUUUCACCUUGCUAUCGAAGCACAGCACCGUAAAUACGGUCCCGUUGUUCGAGUAUCGCCCAAUGAAUUGUCUUUUGCGUCUGUUGAGUCAUGGAAAGCCAUCUACGGACACCGCGUUGGCGCUGCACCCACCCCCACUAAGAGCGAGUUCUAUGACGUAUUGGGGGCUGGCUUCAAAUCUCUAUGCAUCGCUAGCGAGCGCGAUCCGCAUAAGCACAGUCAGAUGCGUAAGAUGCUUUCCGCUGCCUUUUCAACCAGGGUUCUUAUGGAGCAAGAAGACAUUAUCACCAAAGCAGUUGACGAAUUCAUUACUAGGCUUGGUACAGAUGGAGUGCAAGCGAAAGGUCUCAACAUGACCAAAUGGUACGAAAUGGUCGCUUUUGACACUGUAGGCGAAAUGGCCUUCGGAGAGUCGUUUCAUAGCGUAGAUGCUGGAAAGCCCCACAGCUGGUCAGAGAUUUUGGUCAGCCAUCUCUACUUCAUCACCCUGAUUGAUAAUCUCCGUCGUUUGCCAUUCGUCGCGGGACUAGCCAAGUUACUCUUCCCAUCAACACUGGCCGUGCAAAACCAGAAUUCUCAGUACAGUCGUGAAAAAAUUGAGCAGCGUCUAGCGAAAAAGCCUAGUCGGAAUGAUUUUCUUUCCACUGUCGUCAAGGGGUAUGAACAAGGAACCGUGGGCAAGGAGGAAAUGACAGCGCAUGCCUCUACCUUGACCAUUGCGGGUGCGGAAACUACCGCAACUUUCCUGGCUGCAACAACAUAUUACCUGCUGCGCAACCCUGCAUGCCUUGCCCGUGUUCAGGAAGAAGUUAGGGGCAGAUUUUCAUCUUACGAUGAGAUCAAUGCUACAGCGGCUAAGCAACUCACUUACCUGCAGGCUCUUAUCAGCGAAGGACUUAGGAUGUACGCACCUGGCAGCCAAGGCUUCCCUAGAGUGUCCCCGGGCAUGAACGUUGGAGACGUUUAUGUCCCGGCCGGCGCUGAGGUGUUCACACACGCCUGGACAUUGACCCAUAGUGAGCAGAACUUCACCAACUCGAACAAGUUCAAACCCGAACGUUGGAUGGAUCCAAAUUCUACCGACACAAAGGCAGCUAGCCAGCCGUUCGCUAUGGGACCAAGAGGCUGCUUGGGUCAGAACUUUGCACAUAUGGAGAGCAAUUUGAUUUUAUCCAAGAUGCUAUGGAAAUACGAUCUUGAUAUUGUAAAUAAGAAUCUGGACUGGGAUCACGAGAGCCGUUUGCAUGUGAUGUGGUGGAAGCCUGCAUUGAUGGUUCGAUUCGAGGACAGAAGGCCUACCUAA